AUGUUCAACCCUGGCAUCAAUAACGUAGAUCUCUGUAAGCAACCCUGGCAUCAACAACAGCCGCGACCACCAGUUCGGACAAAUGUGGGCGACAUUGGGCGUAGUAUCCGGCUUACUUCCAAUUAUUAUGAGGUGACCUUGAAGACUGAACACAUUACUUUGGUUCAUUAUGAUGUUGAAAUCAAGAAUCAUAUGAAAAAGACUGUGAAACUUCCUAAAAAGAAGCGCAUGGAUAUAUUUCUGCAGAUGACAAAGACCUAUAGUAAGGUCUUCAAGAAUCAUCCCUUGGGAUUUGACUCUGAAAAAAAUGCUUACGGUGUGGAAAUAAUCCCUGAGUUGAGACAAAAAUCUGCAGAAUUUAAGGUGGAGCUGAAAGAAAAAGGUGAUAAAAGUAAGAGCAAAUUUCAUGUGAUAUUAACAAUGGUGAAUGAAGCAUCCUUGACGGAACUCAUGUCAGCUCUAAGAGCUCCACUUGCCCACAGAGAUAAGCCACAGUUCAUAAUGCAGAUGUUAGAAGUAAUGUGUCAACAUACCUCAAGUGUCCGCUAUGAAAGAGUUGGCAGAAACAGCUUCUAUUCUGUGGAUGGAGAGUUUGACAAACCUUACUACAUUGGUGGUGGCAAGACUUGCAUACUUGGAUUCUUUGCUUCACUGAAACCCGCUGCCUGGAAAGAUGGAUCUCUCUUGCUCAAUGUUGAUCGUGAGUAUUAUGUUUUGGAAAUUUAUCCAUUAUUUUUCUUUUACACAUAAUGUUUUAAACCAUGAACUUUCUCAUGCAGGGAAUUU